CCCCUGCUCAUGUAAACUAAGAGGAAGUAAAGAAACAAAACUUCAGCUUCUGUUGGAAACAACGGGCCGACAUGUUAGUGACUCUGUCAGCUCUCAUUCUGACCGUUUCAGCUUUUAUCAGAGUGGUAUCAGGAGUCCUUGACGGUCCCACCAAUGUCGUGCUGAGCUCAAAGAACCUGGAUCUGGUUCUUAGGUGGGAUCCACCAAAUGGAGCCCCCAGUGGACUUAUCUACACCGCAGAGUUCAGAAGCUCCAUCUCAGCCUACAGAGAAGGUUGUGUGAACAUCUCCGUUCCUCAGUGUGACCUGACCUCCUUCAAAACAAGCGUGUAUGGGACCUACAUAGGAAGGGUCCGGGCCCUGCUGGGGUCUGAGAGCUCAGCCUGGGUGGACAGCAACCACAUCAUGCCCGACAAAGACACCAUCAUCGGUCCCCCCAACGUGACGGUUCUGUCCCACGGUCGGACCCUGGAUGUUAGUAUCACAGAUCCAAAGUUCCACAGCUCGUCCCUGAGGGACGUGUACAACUCAGCCUCCUACAAGGUCACCUACUGGAAGAAAGGACAGAAAGACAAGUCUGAACACAAGGAGGUACAGCAGACCCGUGUGGUUCUGAGCAACCUGGAGCCCAAGAGCGAGUACUGUGUCCAGGUCCGCAUCGUCACCGACCACAACCCCAGCGAGCCCAGCAGCAUCAUCUGUGAGAGCACCACUGACGAGGAGUCUCUGUGGGUUCCGGUAGUGAUCGUCUUCGUCAUCAUGGCCGUGGCCGUGGUCCUGGUGGUCCUGAUCGUGAUGAACUGGAGAAAUAUUUCUCAGUUCCUCUGCCCGAAGGAAGCGCUGACUCAGCACUUUAAAGAGACCCUGCUGGCCACGUCCAGGUCCUCUGUUUAUUUAGCGAUGAGGAACUCUGAGCCCAUUGAGGAAAUCAACCAAGUGAGCAUUGUUGCAGCUGAGAGGACAGCCGAGGACAGUCCUCUGGAGGACGUUACGGUGGAGGACAGAGAGGUGGACAAAGACAGUCAGUGACUAAAACAGGCCAGAUAAACCCUGAAACACUUGAUGAACUAAAAAGAAGACACUCUGCAGACGUCCUGCUUCUGUCUCUGAGUCCUGUGCAGCGAUGGACGGGACAUGUCCAGAGGACACUUUGACUACCUGCUGGAUGAAAUCUGUUUUCUGUCAAAACUUCUGUUUUAUUUUAACGAGACGUUCUGACAUCAAGACUGAAAAAAUGUUUCAUGUUCUGCACCUUUACUGUCAGCUGUGAUGAAAAGCAUCCUGUUGGUUGGUUGGUUGGUUG